AUGAGUCCGUUCUGGUUGGUCUAUGCGAAGGCUUGCCAUCUCCCGGUGGAGGUAGAGCAUAAGGCGUAUUGGGUCGUAAAAGAAUGCAACCCAGGGUUUGGGGUUGGAGUCGAAAGAAAGUUAGAGUUGGUGGAGCUUAAGUGCCUUCGAUUGGAAGCCUAUAAGAAUUCAAGGCUUUACAAAGAGAGGAUGAAAGCGGUGCAUGAUAGAAACAUCAAAAGGAGAGAGUUUAGGGCUGGGGAGCUAGUCCUCCUCUAUAACUCUAGGUUGAGAUUUAUACCAGGCAAGUUAAGAUCAAGGUGGGAAGGUCCUUAUAUAGUGGAGAAAGCUGAGCCAUAUGGGGUCUACCACCUGCGCCACCCUUCAAGCCCCAAUAUCUUCAAAGUUAAUGGUCAUCGUCUGAAGCUAUACUAUGGAGAGAAGAUGAAAAGCAGCAAAGAGGUUGAGGUGUUCCUUCUUGAGGAUGCACUCGAAGGCGAAGAGAUAUGA